AUGCCCGGGUGUCCAAGCGGCUCGCCGACUGCUGUGAGCGCAACGGCGGGCUGUGCAUCAAGCUGGGCCAGGCCAUUGUCAUCCAGGCCGCCCCCCGUGUACACCCAGUCCCUUGCAAGCAUCUUUGAUGCCGCCCGGCCAAUGCCCUUCCGCCACGUCCGCCAGGUCCAUCGCGCUACCCUCAAGGGCUCCGCAACACCCGUCGCCGUCAAGGUCCAGCGGCCCAACAUCCCCAUCCAGCUUGAGCUCCUGCUGUACGUCUACCAGAAAGUCUUUGACCUGCCCGUGUACUCCAUCGCCUAG